AUGCACGACCGGAACAUUUACCGCCGAGCGACAGACUUCGUCGAGCUAGCCAAGGCAUAUCCCGAUCUUGAGAAUCAAAUCUCAGAGGUCGAGAAAACAUCUCAUAUAUCUUCAUCAGUCACGAAUUUGACGCGUCCUAGAUGUCUAACAAAAGCUUUAUUAUACCGGGACUUUGGCGUUGACGUCGUGUUGCCUGAGGAUCGCCUAUGUCCUCCAGUAUUGAUUGGACGUAGAUUGAACUAUGUACUCUGGAUACAAGACAUUAUGCGGGAACAUCCGUCCUCGAGCGUGUGUGGGGUUGAUAUAGGAACAGGCGCAUCUGCAAUCUACCCUCUGCUUGCAUGUAAACUUGAACUGGACUGGUCGUUCGUGGCUACUGGCGAGUCAAAGCUCGAUGACGCGUCUUUCCAACUAGCCGACUCCAACAUCGCGAGAAAUCAUCUUGGCCAUCGGAUACGCGUGCUUCAAGCGCAUCCCGAUCAGCCCAUUCUUUUCCCGCUGAAGACGUACCCCGAUGAAUCGUUCUCCUUCACGAUGUGUAAUCCACCCUUUUACGCAUCCUUGGAUGAAGUAAUGCUGUCGGCAGAAGGGAAAGCUAUGGAUCCAAAUGCUGUUUGUACUGGUGCGCCUAUUGAGAUGGUAACUUCUGGCGGCGAGGCGUCAUUCGUGUGUCAGAUGGUGAGGGAGAGCAAGCAGCUAGGCGCACGUUGCAGAUGGUAUACUUCAAUGCUGGGAAAGAUGUCCUCUCUGAAAGAAGUCGUUGAAUUGUUAAGAGAACUUUCGAUUGAGAACUACGCUAUCACCGAGUUUGUCCAAGGACAAACCAGAAGAUGGGCAAUCGGAUGGUCAUUCACUGACGAACGGCUCCCUGACUCAAUGUCUCGUAUACCUAACUUAGCUCUACGCUCUCUUAUGCCACCACACAAUACCAUCCAACAAUCAGUUCCUGAAGACAAAGUAGUCGAUAUCCACGACGUUCUCCUAGCCAUCAGUGGCUUGGAGACAGAGUUAUGCGAUGAGUAUGUGCUCGUGAGGGCCAAGGAGGAUACUUGGUCAAGGAGCGCGAGAAGGAAAAGGAAGCGUGACGUCGUUCCUCUUCCUUUGGCCUGCAAGAUGGUGUGUACCAUCAAAGUUUUUACAGGCGGAGUUGAGUUUCAAUGGGUAAGGGGAGCUGGAUUGGAAAGAGGGUUGUUUGAUAGUUUCUGUAGUCAUGUUUGUCGGAAAAUCC